UUGAGCAGUGUAUAUUCUUUAAAGCAGACAUUUAAUAUCCCUUUGACCAUGGUGAAGUUAUUCAUUACACUUUGGUGUAUCAGGGGCAGAUAGCGUCAAAGUAGUGGAAUGUGGUAGUGGGUUUUUAAUGAAUGUAGGGUUAGUUGGGUGUUUAUUUUUAUAUAUAUUUAUUGUUUGUCUUUUUUUCCCCAAUUUAUUUUAUUUCACAAAGUAUAAUGGAUUUAUAUUAUAGUCCAGUUGGGGGAGGUAAUGCAACAUACUGGAUGCCAACCGCCGUUAAACUCCAAAGAAGAAGAAGUAAACAGGAAUCAAGAACACGUUAGCGUUUUUAUUUAUACAACAAUGGAACUCGAAAUAUGACUCUUAACUGUUCAGCAUAACAUACUUAUCCCAUGUAGUCAUUAAUUCGAUUUGGAGAUAGCAUCUAUCAGUCAAGUCCUAUCUAGGUAACGUUCAUGUUAGCCUGCUGCUAACAAUGGCUAACUCGAACUGUGUGGUUUUUCACACUCAAAUAGCCUCCAUCAUGGAGGUUCUAGCGAAUGCAGCCGUGGCAGAAAUAUGUAAAGUCGUAGACGACGAUUAUGAAGUGUUUCGUCUGGAAAUAACUCAAAGCCAGAAAGAAAACAGGGCAUUGAGGAGGAAACUACAGCUACUGGAAAUGAAGGUGUCACGGGAACGCGUCCUCGCCAGCCCGAGAAGUGUCAAGAUACUCGACGGAUACAGAGUAACGGCAAGAGGUGAAGGACAUCUCACUGGAGGCCACAGGAGCUUUGUGAAGCCAGCGGGACACAAUACAUGGAGAGAUGACCAACCAAUCACUGUUGAUGAGGGGAGUGGAACCUCAACCGAGCACAUUAUUGUGAUAGAGGCUGCAGAUAUAGAGGCUGCAGGUCCUGGGGUCAAGCAGGAGAGGUCUGUAGGAGAGGAGGACCUCCAGACUGCAGCACCGCCUGAAGCCACGGAGGACCUCACUGCUGCCGCACCGCAGCCCAGGACCCGACGCAGCAUCACGGAGGUCAGUGGAACGCCGAACGCCGUCCUCAAGUCCGAGACAGACACUGAGACUUUAACUGUAACACACAGCCUCUUACACACAGGAUCUGACGACAGAUCAGACCCAGAGAGACUUUGUCUGAGGAGACUGGGCUGUCCUCCUGCUCCUGGCUCAGAGUAUUUACCGGUAUUUCACCAGAGGACUGUUCAUUCCCGUGGUGAUGGUGACUCGUUAGACACUGGAGGCAAUGAUCCGUCUUGUUCUUACGCUACAGAGAUAGACCCUGGCAACAUGCCAUUGAGUUUAGAGAGACAGACUGAUCUGUCUAGAGGGGACUGGAACCGGUACAGUAGUGGUCUAUACACUGAAGGGUGCCUAGAUAAGAAAGGAGAGUGUCUGGUUGUAAAUGAGGUCACUGUGAAAGUGGAGGGCGACGCUCCUCUGACAUGGAAUGUAGAGACUCACUUAGGAGGACACUCUCAGGGCAGCACCAGUGACUUCUUAGACUACAGUGAAAGCUUAGAGACAAAUCUAAAUGUCCCAACCCACUCCUCUUUACCCGCGUUCAGAGAUCGUGACCCAGUGUCCACGUCAAUGGGGCCUUCCGAGUCACAUGGCCGCGUCCUUUUCGAUCAGGUAUUGAACUCAAACGACAGGGCUACAGCCCAGACUCAGGGAGGGGGAGCCACAUCAGGAUAUAGUAAAGAGAAACGGUUCCUCUGCAUGUUUUGUAACAAAGGAUUCAGCUGCUCCCAGAAUGUGGAGAUCCACCAGAGGGUCCACACAGGGGUGAAACCCUUCAGCUGUACCCAGUGUCACAUGUGCUUCACCCAGGCUGGCACCCUGAAGAGGCAUCAGAGAGUCCACACAGGGGAGAAACCCUUCAGCUGUACCCAGUGUCACAUGCGCUUCACCCAGGCUGGUCACCUGAAGAGGCACCAGAGGGUCCACACGGGAGAGAAACCGUUCGCCUGUACACACUGCAGGAAGAGGUUCUCAGAGAGGAGAUGCCUCAGGAUACACCAGCAGAAAAACCACUCCACUCUAUAACAAAGUAACCAUUCCACUCGAUAGCUUCUGAGGCUUAGAUGAAACCCUGCAUUAAAGAUGCAGAUGCAAAAAGUAAACAGCGGGUCAAUUUCCAUAACAACUAAGAGCGUUGAAGUGCAAGGCCCAGACAUUGUAGGAUAUAUAAGCCUAAAAAGUAAAUUACGUAUAGGGUUUGUACUGUAUAGGCCAGUGUUUACCAACUCCAGUCAAGUCUCCCAAAAGUACACAUUUUUGUUGUAGGCCCGGACAAACACACCUCAUUGUCCAGUGCUACAAUAAAAAUGGGUUCUGUUGGGGGACUUGAGGACUUGAGUUGGGAAACACCGUUGUAGGAUAUGAUGUUCAUAAAUGCCUAUUUUAUUACUUCCAUUCAACUACUAUAUUCUUUCCCCCCCCCAAGAUAUUUUUAAUGAGAAAAUGCAGUUUUUCAGUUGAGACGUGUGGUUUUCAUAUGGUGUGUUUAAAACUUGUUUAUGUUUAAUAAACACAAAAUGGGACUUUUCAUCCUAAGACUUUCAUUGAGACUCUCUUUAAUAUACAUCACAUCUAAUAUCACUCUAUUCUGCAUAUUCUGAUAGCGCUUUAUAACCAUUAUACACUUACUAAAUAUACCUACACACAAACACCUACUGUACAUGUCAAAAUAGUCAGGUUUGUCUGACUUAUCAUAGGGGACUUAUUUUUACCCACAACAUAUUUAUAUGUAUGUCCACCAUGAUGGGUUUAACAACAGUGAAAUCAUUCUGUAACUACAGUAUAGGACUCAAAUGUAGUGGGGAUGGGUAAACACUCCAUGUUGAAAGUGUUUUCAUUACCUGUGUUUACGUACCUGAGGGAGUGUAUGUCUGU